AUGGCGCGCUUCACCGCCUACACUAGCGACUCAGGCAGCGACGAUGAACAAUUGGAGCCUCAAAAUGUCACGACGUCUGAAACACCUCAACAUGUGGAACCAGUAGCGGACUCCGAGAGCGAAGACGAAGAAAGCGAAGAGGUAGAGGAAGAUACCUCUGAAUCCAGCUCUGAAUCCUCGGAGAUGGAUGAGGACGAACUUGUAUCAUCGCCCCCGGGGCGUCAGCGACGGUCGAAGGAUCAGAACGCGCUUGUGGAGGACGACAAUGGCGAUAUACAAUACGCGCACGAAGUUCCUGCCGUUCGCGUCUCUCCCCCGUCGACAGGAAGGAGAUCUCCUCCAAUAACACGUCCCAUCGCCCAUGGAGACCCGACUAUCAUACCUUGGGCUCAACAUGUAGGGGUCGACGCGCAGAAGAUGCAUGUCAUGCAGACGUCGUUGUUUCGGAUGCCGGAAGAGGCAGCUGCGCUGAAGGCAAUGAACCAACCUCCAAAAGCGAAAGGGCCUGCGAUUCGAUUGGAUUUAGGGUCGAAGGGCCAAUCAGUAAAUCGGAAGCAUAGUAGAGACUCGGAUGGAGAGGGGCUGAGGAUGGACUCUCGAGAGAGGGCAUCAUUCGCGCACGACAUCGACCCUCCAAUAUUCCACCCAUCGCGGAAAUAUGCACGCGUCGAAAUAACAUCUUCCAUCGCCAACGGGAACGAGGGGUCAUAUUUUGAUGCUGGGCUUGCUCUGGGUCGAUCAUUCCGAGUGAGCUGGGGCCCUGGAGGUCAAUUACUGCACUUCGGCAGCAUAUGCAGCCCAACGUCAACAUCUAUCACGUCCUCCAACUCCUCCAUCAUUACACUAACGAAAAUUCUUCCGACACUCUCACUAGCUCGUUUCGAAACUGAUCACGCACCAUCUCCGUCUGCUCUCGCUGCAAAACUUCUUCAACACCACCUCAGCCACACGACCAUCACCCGCGACGAUGGCGGUAUCCCUCAUGCCUUCCCAACCACGCUCUCAACCCCAAUAGAUCCCAGUGCGACAAGAACGACAAGUCACGCUCCAGCCUCCUCCUCCGACCCCCUCAACUUCUCUUCCUUCGUUUCCUUGUUCCCGUCAACAGAAGGUUCCAACCCAGCGCCAGUGUUCAAACUUGGAAGUGCAUUGUUCGACCCCUUGGACCUGCACCUAGGUCGCGCAAAAUCAAAUAUAGGUGUUAUGAACGGGACCGCCAUCACUCCCGACUUGAGAAAUCGUGUCCGCAUCUUGCGGAGAAAGAGUGCUCUGAGCAAGUGGCUAGAGGAAGCAGUCAAGACGAGUGUAGAUGGUGAUCUGAGGACGCAGGCCAAUGGGUCAAACGUGAAAUACACUGCUGCAGACGCCGCGUUUACACAUUUGACAGGACACCAAGUUAGCGAGGCAUGUUCAGCGUCGGCUGAUGGUGGCUAUCUCAAACUUUCGACGCUCAUCAGUCAAGCGGGUGGCGAUGAGCAAUACAAAGACGAUAUCCUCGCCCAAUUGGAUAUUUGGCGAUCAGAAAAGCUGUCGCCGGGAUCAAAUUCUAGCCUGGCGAGCUCACAAAACGGCUUGGUUGGACGAGGCGUGUGGCGUGUGUACAAGCUCCUUGGCGGUCAGCUGCACCAGGAAGAAGGCGAGGAAAGGACAGAGGACGAUGUAUGUGCAGGCUUAGAUUGGAAGCGUGCCUUCGGGCUGUUCCUUUGGUAUGGGUCCAGUGUCGAUGCAUCUAUAUCAGACGUGGUCAACACUUACCAACGGAUCCUACUUCUCAACUCGCGAGGGGAACCUGGCCCUAAUUCGAUUGCGCGACCUAUCCCAAAGUGGGCGGCGAGGAAAUCUGACCAAUUACCCCUCGGUGCAUCACGUCUCGGACUAUUCAUAGGCUCUACACCGCAAGAAAACACACCAGAUGAUCCGUUAUAUGCCCUCAUCAGGUUACAUGCAGACCCAGCACUAUCCCUCUCCAAUGCCUUAAACCCUCUAUCAUUCGCUCCGUCGGGAUUGGAUUGGGGCGUUGCGAUGUGCUGGCACCUGUACAUCAUACUCUCCCGCGUCAUGCGCGUAAGAGACUUUGCCGACCGCACAGAUGCCAUAGUGCGAAGCAACAAAGAGAAGAAUAGCUCCGGCACGAAGACCAAACCUCGCUCUAGUUUGAUUAAUGGGUUUGGAAGUGGACGAGGAGCGGGUGUCACCGAAGAAGGUAACGAGGCAACCGCGGAGGACUUACGGGCAGAUGGACAUAGUCCGACAGCGGAUUUACUUGCAAGUAGCUACGCGUUUGAGCUGGAGAGCUGGGGGAUGAUACAGGAAGCAGCAUUUGUAUUAUUGCAUAUCGAAGGGGGUAUUGGACGAGAAAAGGCAAUCAGGGACCUUUUAGCACGCAGCGGGCCAAAACUUAACGAUUGGAUGACUCGGGGUCUUGUUGGUAGCCUGAAGUUGCCCAUGUCGUGGGUGGAUGAAGCAAAGGCCAUGUACGAACUCGAUUGCGGGAACGUCUAUGGGGCAUACGAACUAUAUCUCUCUGCCCAAAACUGGAAUGCGGCGCACAACCUGGCAGUCCUAGAACUGGCCCCUGAUGCGAUCAUUAGGAAAGAUUUCGACCUUCUACGCAAUCUUUUCGCCCCAUUCACGAGCGCUAGUCGACGGGAUAAGAUCGAGCAGUGGUCCGUUCGUGGGCAGGUUGUCCUCGACUACGUCAAUGUUAUGACCCGCCUGCCCAAACUGCUGGGGGCCGUAGCCGCUGACAACGAGGAAAGCGAGGCCAUUCACGAUACUAGUCAGGCGGCGGAGAUAGAUGAGCUCUCAAAACGUGUCCCGAAGAUCAUAGGGAUCCUACCCGACGCCCUACACAGGAGUCGUACAUCCGACGACCGCCAUGUUGCUGCUCUCGAAGAAAUGACCAAGGAUUUGUUGAGCCUAGUAGAGAAGGCACAGCCUCUGCUCCUGUCACAAAUCCAACAGCCAACAUUGACAGUGUUGGACGGUGCCACCAAAAUUAACCUAGUAAGGGGAAUGGGAUAUGCGCGAUUUCUACAGAGCAUCGAAGCAUAG